UACGUGUCUUGAGUCUCUGAGAUCAUCCUCCUGUUCAACCACAACCACCAUUUAUUUUCCUACAACAAUGCCUUCAAUUUCGUCUCUCGGCGCCAAUCCUUAGCCCAUUACUUUAAUCUACGCACCCCCGGCUCACGUUAUGGAAACCCCUUCUUUUGUCUCCAAAGCCAGGACCGCCUUCCACUCUGCUGCGGCAAAAGCGGAGCGCGUCUUCACUGAUUUCAAAUCUGACCGAGGUACCCCCGAUUUUCUUUCCUAUUUCCAUUUUUAGCCCUCCCCCACCCGCUUUAAUACGAGUUUUGUUUGAUUCUUUUUCAAAAAAUUUCUUGGUGUUUUUGACUUGAUCGGAGAAGAUUAUGAUAAAACAUCCCCCAGUUUACAAGACGAAAGCCAGUCAAAGGAUCACAAUGAGGCCAAGCAUUCAAAUACGCGGUGGAGGCCUGCUCCUCUAGGGAUAAAACAAGAUUGGCAAGAUAGGAUACGGAACAUAAGAAUAGGAAGAAGAGGAGCUGAAGAACCUGAGAAAGUUGAUAACACAACAAUGGCAGCUCCAUUUUAUGAUGAAAAUUUGUACAUACUUAACAUGAAAAAUGAUGUUGAAGCAAAGGGUUCAGAUGUGAAUUCCUUGCUAGAACGUUUAAAUUCCACCGAGUUAAAUAGCAUUCUUCCGGCAUCUGUCCUGAAGCAAUUAGCUGUAGCUGUUGAGAGUGGAAAGAAGUUUAGGUCAAUAAAGGAUUUUUUGGCAUCAUCUGGAAGUUCUUCACCUAUCCUGGAAAGGGCGGGUUUGAGUCUCUCUGCGGUCAAGUCAUUAGUUCUUCGUGACAAAGAUGAUAAACUUGCUUCUGACUUCGGCAAGGAUGAGAAAGUGAUGUCGCUGAUUCAGUCACUAUUCGAUGCAGAGGGAAACUUUCUCAGAAGGAAGAUUUGUUCUGAUUCGGAGGCAUCUAUUACCUUGGCAACUUUGCACAGAGAUAUUCAUGGUGCUCCUCCAGAAAGCUUUGUCGUUAAGCUAUCUGAAGUUAUUGGAAGCUUGAAAACCCUGCGAAGAAUGGCGUUCUUCUGGUGCAAAGUAGUUUCUGAACUAAGAAGACUUUGGUCCGAAGAGCAAUAUAUUCCUGGCGUCCCCGUGGAUGAGAUACCAGAUUUAGACUCCUGCCUUUUGUACCAACAAUUGCAGGUUAUCAAUUGUUGUCUUUCGAGGAAAAGGCGUCACAUUAUUGCUACUGAAUCAUUAGAUUCCGUGAUGAGGCAAAGCAGUUCAAAUGUUGAGGGUUCAUCUCUUUCUAUGGGUACGUCUCCUGCAAGCUCUGUUUUGUAUGCUAGAAUAAGCAAUGGAGAACUUGUUCUACGACUAGGUGCUGAUCGUCCAACAGAUUUAACAAUGUUGGAAACUGGUGAACCUGUAUACUUCCCCAUCACUCAGGAAGGGCCUUUGCUUACAGAAGAUCUUAUUAAGGAAACAGAGGAGUUAGUGCUUCGAACAGGGAGUGUUGGUGCUGGAUGUUCUCAGCUCCUCUCUGACAUGCAGGCUUUCAAGGCUGCAAAUCCGGGUUGCAUUUUAGAAGAUUUUGUUAGAUGGCACUCUCCCCCUGAUUGGACUGCUAGUGAGCAGAGUAAUGAAGAUGACUUUGAUGGAAGUGAUUUUUUAUCUGCAAAAGGUCAACUAAGUCGUCGAAUGAAAAAAGAAGGUAAUUUGUGGAUUGAACUUUGGGAAACGGCUAAGCCUGUGCCAGCUGUUAAGCAAGUCCCUCUCUUUGAUGAGGAUUUAGCAGUGGAAGGUAUUCUUAAUGGCUUAGAGGACAUCCCACCGGCUGAGCUUUUUGAACAAUUUUUUGUUUCUUUACUCGGUUUGGGAUUUGUAAUCGCUGAGGCCAGACUCUCCACUGACGAUAAUUUGUCAAAGCUUGUUCACGAGUGCAAAGACUAUGUUGUUGCCUCUUGUCAAGGAAGCUCCUGGAGUGAGAAGAUUGAUGAUAUUUGCCAGGUUUAUGAAACAGUGGAGACAAUGUUAACUCAUCCCGAGGAAGUCCCGAUGAAUCAGGCAGAAGCAACGACCCCAAAUGCAGAUGAACCGAAGAGUCGAUUUAAGAGACUCACUCUCAACUUUGUCAAGGAUAGACAACAGAGAAAACUUGCCAUAAAAGAUCUGAAGAAUUCAGAUGAGAGUCCGGCUCCAUUGCGUCAACCAUUCGCGAAUUUCUUUGAUGGCAAGUCUUCAUUAUUCUCCAAGAAGCCUCCAAAGCCAGAUUGUCCAUGUCCAUCCCCAGCUCCUGAGAAACCUCCUUGCCCAGUUGAAACCGAUUGGACAAUUGUUUAAUUAUACCUUUUUAUUAUUUUUUUGAUCUCUUGGGUUAAAGGAGUAUGUAUGGUUUUUGCAAGUAACUGUAAAUUAUCCGAACUGUAAAUUAUCUUGAAAUGACCAGAAUAGGAUGCCGUAUGCACAGCAUUGAAUUUUA